AUGGCCACCAUUAUUCAAUUUCAAUCCACUCCCUCUCUCACUGUCACAACCACUACCACUACCACCACCGGAACCAGAACCGGAACCGCCACAGCCGCCACUUCUUAUUACUCUUUCCCACACUCUCUUCUCUCUUCCUCUCCGCCCCAUAGCCCAACCUUCCUCUUUCCCAAAACUCCACCACCACCACCACCACCACCACCAUUCUCUUCACUCAAGCUUCGCAAAACUCACCGCCACCAACCCCACUUCUCCACUUCCCCAACCCAAUGUCUUUCUUCAACACCAACCUUUUUGCCCUCCGUGUCUUCCCAUGGCUCUUUUUCUUCACCACAAAACUCUCUCAUUGAUACCUUAUUUGAUUUGCUUCACCUCUCAGCUCGCUACAGCGAUGCCCAGCUCGUGAACGCUGUCCACGCAUGCAUUCUCAAGCUCCAAGAGCACACCCAUCUCAGCAAUGCUCUCAUUUCGGCAUAUCUCAAGCUGGGUCUUCUCUCUCAAGCUUACAAUGUUUUCCUUGGCCUUUCGUGCCCCAAUAUCGUGUCUUAUACGGAGUUGAUAUCUGGGUUUUCGAAGUCGAAUCGAGAACACGAGGCGGUGGAGCUUUUCUUUCGAAUGAGGGAUUCAGGUAUCGAGCCUAAUGAGUAUACUUUUGUUGCAAUUUUGACUGCCUGCAUUCGGGUUCUGGAUUUACAACUGGGUUUACAAGUUCAUGCUAUGAUAAUUAAACUUGGGGUUUUGGAAGGUUCUGUUUUUGUUUCGAAUGCGCUUAUGGGGUUGUAUAGUAAAUGUGGGUGUUUCUUAUUUGUGCUCAAAUUGUUCGAUGAAAUGCUGCACAGAGACAUUGCGUCGUGA